GCUGGGCUGGACCGUUUCUAUACAGUAGCCUACUGUGCGUGUCCAUCGUUUGUACCUUAAACCGGACAUUAUUAGCCUCAUCAUGUGAUUGGUGUUGCCGAGUUCCUUCCACAGGUCCACCAGUCUCAGGUUCAGGUCCAGCUGGAGGCCUAAGCAUUGAAUUGAUUGCAGGAUGGGUCUUCCAAGUCUACUGUUUCUGUGUACAACCCUUGGGCAUGCUGUUGGUGGAGUCUCGGAACCCUGACUACUUCCACAUCGGUGGGGUGCUCAGCAACAACGAGAGCAAGCUGCAGUUCGAGGAGACCAUUGCUCACUUGAACUUCGAUAGCCAGAUAGUACCAAAAGGAACAACGUUUUAUGCAACAGCUAUCCAGAUGGAUGCCAACCCAAUCAGAACAGCCCUGAAUGUCUGCAAACAUCUCAUUGCCAACAGGGUGUACGCUGUGGUAGUGUCCCACCCCUUGACGGGUGACUUGUCACCAGCCGCUGUCUCUUACACAAGUGGCUUCUACCACAUCCCUGUCAUUGGCAUUUCUUCCAGAGACUCUGCUUUUUCUGACAAGAAUAUCCACGUGUCGUUCUUGCGUACAGUGCCACCAUACUCACACCAGGCUGAUGUGUGGAUGGAACUACUUAAGCACUUUAACUAUCUCAAGGUCAUCUUUAUCCAUAGCUCAGACACAGAUGGUCGGGCAAUCUUGGGCCGCUUCCAGACAACCUCCCAGAGCAUGGAGGACGACGUGGAGAUCAAGGUUCAGGUAGAGUCGGUGAUUGAAUUUGAACCUGGCCUGGAGAGUUUCAUCGAACAGCUCCAAGAGAUAAACAAUGCCCAAGCCCGGGUCUACCUUGUGUAUGCCAGCAAGGCCGAUGCCCAUGUGAUAUUCCGAGAUGCUAACCUGCAGAGGAUGACAGAUGCAGGAUACGUGUGGGUAGUGACAGAACAGGCCUUGGAGGCCAGCAACGUGCCAAUAGGAGUCCUCGGCCUCAAGCUGGUACAUGCCCAGAGCGAGAAGGCUCACAUCCAGGACAGCAUAUACGUGUUGGCCUCUGCCUUGCGGGAUAUGAACCAGACAGAAAACAUCACUGAAGCUCCCAAAGAUUGCGACAAUUCUGGUUCUAUAUGGGAAACCGGAAGAGUUUUGUUUGAUUAUAUUAAGAAACAAGUCCUCUUCCAUGGAGCCACUGGGAAAGUAGCGUUUGAUGACAAUGGGGACAGAAUAAAUGCAGAGUACAACAUUGUCAAUGUUCAGGGUCCUGACCAGCAGGUCUCUGUGGGCCAGUAUCUGUACAGUAAUGAGAUGAACAGGAUGCGCCUGAAGAUCAAUGAGUCCCGUAUUGUGUGGCCCGGCCGACCCAAGAGUAAGCCAGAGGGAUUGGAGAUUCCCAAGCACAUCAAAGUGUUAACAAUUGAAGAGAAGCCAUUUGUGUACACUAGAGAGCUGGAGGACUAUGAGACAGAGACCUGUAACCCUGAUGAGAUACCCUGUCCUCAUUUUAAUUCUUCCAGAGAUGAUAUGCGGAUGUUCUGCUGCAAGGGUUACUGCAUGGAUCUUCUACGGGAGUUGUCCAAGACUAUAGACUUUACAUACAACCUCACCCUCUCUCCUGAUGGCCAAUUUGGAAGUUACAUAAUCAAAAAUAAUUCAGGAGGUAAGAAGGAGUGGACCGGUCUGAUCGGAGAGCUGGUGAAUGACCGAGCAGAUAUGAUUGUGGCCCCUUUGACUAUCAACCCAGAGAGAGCUGAGUUUAUAGAGUUCAGCAAACCCUUCAAGUAUCAAGGCAUUACUAUACUGGAGAAGAAGCCCUCAAGAUCUUCAACCUUAGUGUCAUUCUUACAACCCUUCAGUAACACUCUGUGGAUACUGGUGAUGGUAUCAGUACAUGUGGUAGCCUUGGUACUAUAUUUACUGGAUCGAUUCUCGCCCUUUGGUCGAUACAGGCUUGCGAAUACCGACAGCACAGAGGAAGAUGCUCUCAAUUUGUCCAGUGCCAUUUGGUUUGCUUGGGGAGUUCUACUGAACAGUGGCAUCGGUGAAGGAGUGCCUCGUAGUUUCUCAGCACGAGUUUUGGGAAUGGUCUGGGCUGGAUUUGCCAUGAUCAUCGUAGCCUCCUACACUGCCAACUUGGCAGCCUUCCUUGUGUUGGAGCGGCCAAAAACAAAACUGACAGGAAUUAAUGAUGCUCGGCUGAGAAACACCAUGGAGAACCUAACAUGCGCAACUGUGAAGGGGUCGGCAGUAGACAUGUACUUCCGCAGACAAGUGGAGCUAUCCAACAUGUAUCGCACCAUGGAGGCCAAUAACUAUGACACAGCAGAGGAAGCCAUCAGAGACGUUAAAAUUGGGAAGCUCAUGGCCUUCAUCUGGGAUAGUUCUCGAUUAGACUUUGAAGCAGCUCAGGAUUGUGAACUUGUCACUGCAGGGGAAUUGUUUGGGCGCUCGGGUUACGGCAUUGGGCUGCAAAAAGGCUCUCCGUGGGCAGAUGUUGUUACCUUAGAAAUCCUAAAUUUCCAUGAAAGUGGAUUUAUGGAGAGUUUAGACAACAAGUGGAUCCUGCAGGGAAAUCUACAGCAAUGUGAGCAGUACGAGAAGACACCAAACACACUGGGACUUAAGAACAUGGCAGGAGUAUUCAUUCUGGUAGCAGCUGGUAUAGUGGGUGGUAUUGGGCUGAUCAUCAUAGAGAUGGUCUACAAAAAACACCAGAUACGCAAACAGAAGCGCAUGGAGCUGGCACGUCAUGCAGCAGACAAAUGGCGUGGAGCUAUUGAAAAACGCAAGACUCUGCGUGCCAGCAUAGCAGCACAGAGGAGGUUGAAGGCCAAUGGGCUGAACGACCCGACUACAGUAAGUCUGUCAGUGGAAGCCCUACCUCGCAGUGUCCUGGACCUGCCCAGUCCUGUGCGAGCCUGGUCAGGCAGCUGCGACAUGCGCCAACGUGCUCCCAUGCCUAUCCCCGACACACCCGAUAUGAUUGUCUGAGCUCAACUUUCAAAGUUAAAAUGUAAAAUCCAAGUUAAAGCAAUGUUAUUGUACUAAAUUAAAACAAAUAUAGAAAUAAGCUGACUCUAAAAUUAGUGUUAAAUGUUAAUUGAAUAAAAAUUAUUUAACUGCUGUUA